AUGUAACAUCAAAUUAAGCAGCAACAAAUGUAAAAAGUAAAGAUUAAAUUUUCAAGAAAGAGAUUGAGAAUCAUCUCGAAUCGUUAAAACAAUAUGAUUAAUAAGAUAUCUAAUAAUCAUGAGAUAUUUUUAGAGGUAUCUCAAGUUAUACAUUUAUUUAGAUUUUUAAAUAGUUGAAAGAAAUUUUAUAAUAUAAUUAUCUGAUACGAUUUCAUAAAUUUAGAAAUCUGUAAAAGGAUGAAAAUUAUAAAGAUUAUAUUAAUUUAAUAUUGGAAAUAUAACUUUUGAUUGAUUAGGCAAAAAAAUAAUAAAGUUAAUUCAAUUUAUUUGAUUAGACUAUUUAACUAUAUUAGAAACAUGUUUAGAUAAUAAAAUAAAUUUAAUCAAAUAUUUAAUCUAAAACAACAGAUUAGACUAAUAAAUCAGAAUAAUUAAUCAAGUCUUAAUAUUAAAAUUUAUAGAAUAUAAUUAAUGAUUAUGAGAAUAACUUUGAGAAUAAUAGUAAAUAAUUCAAGAAGUUUUGUAAUAUUUAUUAAUUGGAGAAUGAUUUAAUAAUUAUAAAGAAAAAAAUUAAAAUUUAGAAUUAGAAAGUAAUCUUAUUAUUUAUUUCAUAGAUACAAAAUAACUCAAUUUAUAAAAAAAGGAAUUUGAAGAAAAAAUAACUGAUUUAAAUAAGAAAUUAGAGAUGA